AUGACCAUACAAUCUAUUCGACGGUCAAAACGACUGAAGCGACAAGCACGAAGUCCUACCACAGACUCCCCCAAUGGUCCUGCAAAUAGGCAAGCUUCCUUACUGGGCUUGUCUCCAGAGCUUCGCCUUCAGAUCUACCAGGACAUCGUUGUCGAUGAGCGACCCUUCAUGAUUGGCAGGUACCAGGAGGACACAAAGAACAAGACUCGAGGAGGACCGCGUGACUUCUACCUUGGAAAGCAUACAGUUCGUCGAGAUGACAGACCGCAUCCGCCCAUUACCAGAGUGUGUAGGCUGUUGCGAGAAGAGGCCCUUCCGCUGUAUUAUCAAGAGAAUCACUUCUGGCUCAUCCACAACGAGUUUCGGAAUGAAGACGACCAUGGAGGCAGGCAGUCAAGGUGCUUUGAUGCCUGGCUUGCUCAGACUCCGAGUAGGAUGUUCAACAUCAUGCGGCAUGUUUCAUUGUGCGGGUAUGCUGCCUGGCCCAACCGGAUCAUGAUCACAGUGGAUCUGAAGAGCAGGAAGGCAGUGGCAGUGAAGGAGUAUUCAACGUACGGAGAUCAGCUGCCACUUCACAGAGAUGAGGUCCGGAGUGUCGAGGAGACUUUGGAGAGAAGUUCACGGAAAGACGGGCUUGCUGCCUUGAAGGCUCUCUUAGUCGAGUAUGACUGGAUGUUCGAUUUGCAUACACAGCAUAUCUCCGCACCGCCUGGAAUGAGUAGGCUGCGAAAACCAAUGGAAGGGCCAGAGUAUGACUGGUAG